AUGAACACCCAUAGAUCUUCCUCAUCACCAUCCGUGGUGGAGACUUCGGAGACCUUUACCGGCAGCCACCUCAAGGGUGGCGAACGAAGCACGCCUGUGAAGCCCCAGAGCUCGCGCGAUCAGGAUCGCGACCUGCCAUCCCCCGAGAACGGUGCACGACGUGUGGGGAUGACCAUGGAUGAGCGCGAAAAGGUAAUCGGAGGCGCCGGCCGCUCGCCCAACCUUGGAUCGGAAAAAUCCGGCGCCCCCGGAGCGGCCUGGUUUGGGAGGCUCCCCGGCGCGCUCGGGAAGGUUGAGGAGACUCAAGGGCCAGGACUCGGGGACAUCCGCAAGACGGAGGAGUACCAGGCCGCGUGGGAUUUGGAGCUUUGGAAGGCCAUCCAGGCCGAGCGAUUUCGCAGGCAACUCGAGCAACAUCGCACCCGCGCCCUGAAGGACCUCGCCCAGCUCGUGAAGCGGAAGGAGGAGGAGACGACCACGGCGAUGGCGCGGCGCGGGGAGGGCCUAAAGGCGCGAGAGGCCUCUCUCGAGAAGGAGGCCGCCGCGCUGAAGCGCCGGGAGCGUGCGCUGGGGGAGUCCGAGCGGGGGCUUCAGCGGGUGCGACAGCAGCUCCUCGAGGCCCAGCGUCGGGUCGAGGAGGAGAGCAGCGAGCACGCGCGGCAGCUCCACGAGGCCACCCACCGUGCGAGCCUCUUACAGGCCCGCGUCCAGGCCGCCGAGCUCCAGGCCCAGCGCGCCGAGGAGCGCCAGCGCCAGACCCACGCGGACUACCUCCGCCUCUAUGCGGAUCUCCGUCGGGAGCGCUGUGAGGGGGCCCCGGCAGGGGGAGGGGGGGAGCCCGACGACGCGCGCGUGGGGCCGUUGCGGGAGCACUACGUUGAGGAGCAGCGGCUGCUCCGCGAGCGCAUGGAGCAGCGCCAUCGCGCGGCCUUGGCUGAGGUGACCCAGCGCUGUAGGGAGCUGGAGGCACACAACGAGCACCUCGCAGCUGCGCUUGCUCGCCGGCGUGAGCAGCUCCGCGCGCGGCGGCGGCAGGAUAACCGAGGCGAUGACGAAACCUCUCCGUCCCCGUCUGAGGCUGGCCUUCGUCGGGAGUUGGGGCGACUAGUGGAGGAGCGUGCGGCGCUGCUUGAGGGUAGUGCAGGGGCUAUUGAUUUAGAGAACCCUGUCGUAUUGCGUCUAGAUGCGCGUCUGAAUGGGAUAAGACGACAACUUGACAGGACUCAGGGGUCUAAAAAAAACAGAAUAGACAAAAUGGCGACUUAG